GGGGAAAGCCCCUAAUCGAACAGGAAGUUUAACGGACGUGAUAUAAAUGUUUGUACUUAAUUUUGAUUAUUUGCAUUCACGAGGGUGUCAUGGAAAAUUCAAGUUGCACAUGUUUUCCUUUUGUUAAAUGCAAAGUAGAUACAGAAUGUUCUUUUGGCUGCAUCUCAGUACAGUACAGGGACGACUGUGAUCUCAUAAAUUCAAUAUCCAUCCCAUUAGCCGUUAUUGCCGUGUUGAUUAUUUGCCUCUGCAUUGUUGCAAUAAUAAGAAUGAGAUGUGCUUGUCGUGAUUGUAAUACUUCUCGACCCAGGACCGCGGCCAAUGCAGAGAGCCAGAUGACUAAUCUUUCCUUUGAUACUUUUGAUGAAAUCAAAAGGACAAGCAACAAUCUCGAUCUACACGUUUCUUUCGAGGUAAAAAGUGAUAUUCCGCCAUCUUAUGAAUCAGUUAUGUCGAGAUCAAACGAAGCUAUUCAGGCAACUGAUUCUUUACCUCCAUCUACCUCGGCCUCAAACAAGGAUUCAAGUGAAGAUGUAGAUCCGCCACUAAGUUACGCAUCAUUGAUAUCAUAAUACAACGACGAUUUACAACCGGCUCAGGCAGAAGUACAUGUCAAGUGACUUUUCACAAUCAGAUAUUAUUAUGAAUGAUAUUAUAGUCGUACCUUGUAAAACACGUUACAGAUAAACGUAUGUAACAACAUUAUUCCAAUGCUUGUUGACCAAUGGCGUAAAUGGUAGACAAUAUUACUGUUAAACAUUAAUAGGAAAAUUGAAUGAUAAGAAUGAUAAUCAAUAUGAAAUGAUGCAUGCAUGUAUGACUCGAUAAAUGAAACAAGAUGUGUGUUUGAGACUGCAUGUCUACGGAAUUGUAUGAUGACAUUUAAUCAAAACAAAUGUAAUAUAUAUAUUCAACGGCA